AUGAUCUCAAUGUACACUUACGCAGUCAAAACUCUGCCAAAUCUCAGACCAAUUACACACAAAUACCUCGUUAAAGGACAUACGCAGAACGAGGGCGAUUCUGCUCACUCUCAAAUAGAGAGAGAAGUUAAAAGGCAACUGAGAUCAGGACCAAUGUAUACACCUGACGCUUUUAUCGGGGCUAUAAAGGCGGCACGGAAAAAAAGCGAGCCAUUUCAUGUCAAUGAAAUGUGUUUCGAUGAUUUUUUUGAUUGGAAAAGUAUAUGCACUCAAAUGAACUUUGCGAUAAUGAAAGAUGAAGACAAUAAUACUGUGAAACUGGCUGGACUCAAGAUAAUUAAAGUUCAAAGCUCUGAUCCCGAUGCCAUAUUUUUCAAAGAAUCAUACGCUGACGAAUUAUUCAAGAAAGCUAUAGUGGUGAAAAAAAAUAGAAAUCGUAAUAGCCAAAGCAUUCAUUUAGAUUUGCAAAAGGCCUAUCUUCAAAAACCUGGACUAGCAGAGAGAAAAAAAGCUGAUCUCAUGGAUUUGGUCAAUAAAAACCUCAUUCCUAGAUACCACAAGCCAUUUUACGAAUCGUUGUAA